UUUCUCACUAUUUAUUCACAACAUUGCAAAUUCAUGGAUACCCACCUUCUCUUCUCUUCCUCAUAGAGUCAAACCCUUAUUCAUCUUCUUCCUCCGCCUCCUCCUACUCUCCCACUUCAACCCUUUACAUCACUUUCUAAACCUGCAUCUUAAUCAUCUUCUUCAGGAAAGCAAAAAGAUGUUCCUGAAUCACAUCACAUGCAAUGAAUGAAAUGAAACCUUAGUUGUUACUCUUCAAGGUUAUUGAAUUGAGUAUUAUUUAUAACAAAGUUUCAUUUUUUUUGUCUUUACUUUACGGCACUAUUGGGAUUGUGAUUGUGAUUUUCACCAACCAUGGCAACCACGUUUAAAGGAAUUCGCAAGAGUUUUAAGUACAUUACUCAGAUAUUUGUUGUUAAGGAGCGGGAGAUGGAAAUUGGGUACCCGACAGAUGUUAAACAUGUGGCUCAUGUUGGAUGGGAUGGUCCCUCCGGGAAUGGACCUAGUUGGAUGGACGAUUUUAAGAAAGUUCCUGAUUUUUCAACAUCGAUUGGUAACUUGGGUGAAAUUAGGGACUCUGAUCCUAUGGCUGUUACUUCGUUAUGGUCUUCUCUAGAACGUCAACAAUCAUCGAGCAUAUACAACAGUCUCUCGUCUGUUGCAGGGAAUCCUAGUAUUCGAGAGAAGCCCAAGCAGAAAAAGCUUAAGUCGCCUUCCUCUUCCCGGUCGCCAUCUUCUUCAUCAAGACGAUCACGAGCGUCAAAAUCAAAGGCUUUGUUCAACGAGAGAGAAGCAGCAUCGCCAAUUGCUCUGGUGUAGCAGAUUCAAGAAUAGGAAAUUAGCAAGAGAAGAAAAAGAUUUGGCAUCACCAUAUCAAACGGAAUACUCCUUUCUUGAAAUACAUGGAAGAAAUGAAAUAAAUAUGGCAGUAAAAGUUUUCUUGGCUUCUAGGUAGAAAAUUAUAAUUUAGUCCAAUGGAAGAAGAACCCAAUUAUUUGUAAGUGUUUGGUUUUCUCCAAAUCAUCAUAUUGACCAUGAAUUCAUAAGCUGUUUUUGUCGAUUUGUAAGAUUUAAAGGAAUGGCAUGGUGGUGUUUAGUUA